UUCCUCUGACUUUACUCUGAGCAGCUGCUGUAUGAAGCCAGUCAUCUGAAACAAACGGAGCUUAAGUUUGACUUUUUAUUUACAUUUUUAUUAGUGGUUUUUCAGUUUCUGAGAGGCAGCCAUGAUUAGCCGUAACUUUAAGAACGUGCUGGUGGUCUCUGUCGGGUUCCUCUCACUUUUCACGGCUUAUGGAGGCCUGCAGAGUUUACAGAGCAGUCUGAAUGCAGAGCAGGGGAUGGGCGUGGCGUCUCUGAGCGUCAUCUACGCCUCCAUCAUCGUCUCCUCCAUGUUCCUGCCUCACAUCAUGAUCAAAAACCUGGGCUGUAAAUGGACCGUCGUGGCGGGCAUGGCCUGCUACGUCUCCUACUCCUUCGGAAACCUCUACCCCGGAUGGUACACCCUCAUCCCCACCUCAGCAGUUCUGGGUUUGGGGGGGGCUCCUUUAUGGUCGGCUAAAUGCACGUACCUGACCAUCGCCGGGAACGCUCAGGCGGCUAAAGACGGGAAGAAAGGAUCCGACGUCAUCAACCAGUACUUCGGCAUCUUCUUCUUCAUCUUCCAGUCGUCAGCGGUGUGGGGGAACCUCAUGUCGUCACUCAUCUUCGGACAGGACGGCAACAUCGCGAUCAUCCCGGAGGAGCAGCUGCUGGCGUGCGGAGCGGCAGACUGCAGCCUGAACCUGAACAUGAACAGCACCUCCACCCGGCCCGCGCAGGAGCUGGUGUGGACGCUCGUCGGAUGCUACAUCGGCGUGGGGGUGCUGGCCAUGAUCAUCGUGGCCGUGUUUCUGGACAACAUUGACCGGGAGCAGUCGAGUCACUUCAGGGAGAACCGAGAGCCGUUCUCCAAGACGUUCCUCGCCACGUUUCGGCUGCUGAAGGACUGGAGGCUGCUGACCCUCAUCCCGCUCACCAUGUACAGCGGCUUCGAGCAGAGCUUCCUGUCCGGGGAGUACACCAAGAACUACGUGACGUGUGCGUUGGGCAUCCAUUACGUUGGAUAUGUGAUGAUGUGCUUCGGAGCCACUAAUUCCGUUUGCUCAUUUGUAUUUGGGAGACUCGCCCGGUACACAGGGAGAGCCGCUCUCCUCUUCUUUGCUGCUUUGGCGAACUUCUCCUGUAUCAUCGCUCUGUUGUUCUGGAGGCCUCACCCCGACCAGCUGCCCGUCUUCUUCGUGUUUCCCGCUCUGUGGGGGAUGGCCGACGCUAUCUGGCAAACUCAGACCAACGCUCUUUACGGGAUCCUCUUUUCUCGGCACAAAGAGGCUGCGUUCGCUAACUACCGGAUGUGGGAGUCCCUGGGUUUCGUUAUCGCCUUCGCCUACAGCACCUUCCUGUGUCUGGAGACCAAACUGUACAUCCUGCUGUCUUUCCUGGUGCUCACCGUCAUCACGUACCCCAUCGUGGAGUAUCACGAACGCAAACACCCAACACCGUCUAUACAGGAGGCCGGGCACCCGACCCACAACAAGGACGGCUUCCACAAAGACCAGGGAAAAAUCGUCGCCCAGACACAAUUGUAGAGACAGAUUUACAGGAGUUUUUGUUUGUUUUUUUGCACCCUGUUCUGGACAUUAAGAUGGAAAUUAAGGGCCUCACAUUGAUGCCAAAAAUGUUUCGAAUUACCCUGAAGAGAAUUAUGGAGGUUCAAUCAGACACUGCAUCCUGAUUUUUACUGGUUCAGCCACCCUCCCUAAAAAAAACUCCUUUCCCCUUGUAGAACAAUUACAAUACAUUUCAGAAAAAGUAAAAAAACAAAACAUAAAUAUCUAUUCUUGUAUAUUUGACUCAAUGAGUUAGUAAAAUAUAUUUUGUUUUGUGUCUCAUUUACCCGUGUUAAAACGCAGAUUAUGUACAUACAUGGUAAAUGCAGGUAAAAUAGAGGUUAUAUUAGUGGAUCUUAUUGCCUUUUUUAAAGUGUUAAAGGGUUGUUUUACAUGAUCAGGAUUUGUGCCAUUAUGAAACCAACACAUUUUCUACUAAGCAGUAUUGUUUCACAUCUUUUUUUUAAUGUUACUGAACUGUAACUGAAAAGCAUAAACUGUAAAUGUUGUUGAUAAAUGUUGAAUAAAUGUUUAACUAUUUGUGUCAAAAGCA